UUUUGUUGUAGUAGCAGGCAGCCAAGUAUUAGUUGACAGGCUAGCAUGCAUCACUUUAUUUCAAUCACAUCUCUCUGACAAAUAGGCAGCACUGAAGACAUUGGGAGAAAAUUGCAUAGCCACUUUAGCUGUUCUCCACUGGACUGGAACACAUUUCACAUUUCCACGUCAUGUUUUAGUCCCUACAGAGCUCCUAAUUGCCAUGGAAAAGCAGUCCAAGGUGGAAUUUCGGAAUGUGGGACAGAUGUAUUUCCCCCAAAGUAGAGUGGAGUGCCACUACAGCCUUACCUCUCAUCAUCACUGGACCAACAAGGAUUGGAUAGGCCUAUUCAAGGCUGGCUGGUCAUCAGUGAAAGAGUACACAACCUUUGCGUGGGCACUCACUCCUGAGGGGUACACUGAAGGAACUAAUGCCAACUGCUGUGUACAUUUCCAAGCCUCUUACCUGCCCCGCCCCAGUGCGGUGGAGUACCAGUUUGUCUAUGUGGAUCAGAGAGGCGAGGUGUGUGCCCGCAGUCGCCAGUUCACCUUCUGCAUUUCCAGGCCUCUGGAUGAGCUGGAGACAUUGACAGAGGAGCGGGACGAGGAUGAGGAGGGCGGAGAGGGGGAUGGGGACGACCUGCUCCUGGUGGUGCCCAGAGCUCAGCUCCUGCAGACUCGGCUGGAGGAAUGCCUUAGAGAACAGGCCAAUUCAAAACAGGCCCGGGAGGAGGCAGAGAGGGAGAAGGAGAGAGAGGAAGAAAGGAGCAAAAGGGUGAAGGAAGAGUGGGAGCGAGAGAGGAGGGGAAUGAAGGAGGAGAUCUCUGAGUUGAGGGACAACCUGAGACGGAGCUGCGACAGGAUGGAGAAGGUGGAGGGGAAACAAAAGGAUAUGCAGUCCUCUCAAGAAACCUUAUCUACUCUAUUGGACGAGAAAGCUGAGCGCCAGCAGCGAAUCAGAGAGAUGGAAGAUGACAUCAUGGCUCUAACUCAGAGAGGGAAGGAGACAGAAGCUGAACUUGAAAGGAUGAAGGAGAGAGUGAAAAAGAUGUCCACUCAAUUGAGGGAUGAAGAAGAGGAGAGAAAGAAUCUGCAGGUGGAGAACGGGGCUGUGCUGGCUGAGCUGAGGGCGAUGCAAAAGCGUCUGGAGGCCAGCGAACGCGGGGCAGAGGGUCUGAGGCAGGAGUUGAGUGAGAUGGGGGCUCAGCAGGGCCACAGCCACGCUGAGCUGCACCAAGCCAGGCUGCAGGCCGCCCAGCUCACCCUGCAGCAGUCUGAGGCUGACCUGGCCCUGAGGGAGGGACGCGCCCACUGGGCCCAGGAGAGAGAGGCCUUCAAACAGGCAGCAGAGCUUGAUAAAGAGAGGGUGCAGAAGUUAAGCCGUGAGGUGCAGCGGAAGGAGGAGUGGCUUCAAGAGGAGAGGAUGGAGAGACAGAAACUAGAAGUGGAGCUUGGAAAAGAGAAGGAUUGCAACAGGGUGCUGCUGAGCGAUGCCCGCAGGGAGGUGCAGGAAGUGAAGGCCAGCAUGAGAAUGAACCAGAAGGAGAGAGAGCAGCAGAAGAUGGAGAGACAGGACCUGCUGGACUACGUCCAUCAGUUGGAGCAGAGGCUGGAGGUGGCUACAGGCAAUAAGUGGAAUGAAGUGGCUCUCUACUACUCAACCACUCGUGGCGAUGACACCCCAUCUGAGGAUGAGAAACCCUCCUCUGAGGAUGAGAAGCCUGCAUCUCCACUACCCUACCGGACACCCAGACUACCCUACUGGAGCGACGCCCUGGAACGCUCUUCUCACCGUAGUGUGAAGUGUCUCCAGACAGAGACGGAUGAGGAAGAGCAGAACAAGACCAGUAAGGGUGAAGACAAACCACUGAUUCUGCCAGACCUCACCAACCCCAUCCAAAGUGAGCUUGCUGACUGCUCCCCCUUGUGGUAACAGCAAUGAGGACAGCGGACAAGUUGUUUGAUAGUUUACAAUGUAGGCCCUACAUUAUGGUUGGCUACAGUUAGCCAUACAGACAAACUGUGCUGUAGAGAUACAAUAUGUAUAAGAUUAUGAAUCUGUCUUGGACUGAAUUGGUUGUGUGUAUCAAACAAAAAAAAAGUACAUUUUCUCUUAGUUUUUUACAUUAUAUUAGUGGUUUGGUUAACAUUCAAUGUUGGAACUUAAAAGUGUAGAUGUUUUGCGUGAAAGGUGACUAUUGUGCCAUGUUCAUAUGAGCACAAUGUCAACGGAUGUUUGCAUAGAAAUGGAACAGUGGUUUACUAGGUCAUGCAACUUAGCAGAUGCUUGCUGUAGACCUACAUUUGAAAAUAGAGGUUUGAACAUUAUACAAUUUUUAUCUAGGUAUGCAUUUUAUCUAGGUGCUUUAACUAGCCGGAUUUGGGAGUAGACUUUAAAAAUGUGUGUAGAUUUGUAAAAGUGUUCACAAGAGUUAUAAAAUGAACACGUUGUCUAUUGGUUAUGUGGUUUUCUUUUAUUUAAUGAUUUAUCCAUUUGACUGUGAAGUUUACUUUCUGAGUGCUUCACACUGUGGAGGAGUUUCUGUAAUAAAA